CUUCCUCCACCUCCUCCUCCUCCUUCUCCUCCUCCUUCUCCUUCUCUCCCUCCACCUCCUUCUCCUCCUCCUUCUCCUUCUCUCCCUCCACCUCCUGCUCCUCCUCCACCACCUCCUCUUCCUCCUCCUCCACCACCUCCUCUCCCUCCUCCUCCUCCACCUCCUCCUCCUCCUCCUCCUCCUCUUCCUCCUCCUCCUCCUCUUCCACCUCCUCCACGUCCUCCUCUUCCUCCACCUCCUCCUCCUCCUCUUCCUCCUCCACCUCCUCCACGUCCUCCUCUUCCUCCUCCUCCUCCUCUUCCUCCCCCUCCUCUCCCUCCUCCUCCUCCACCUCCUCCUCCUCCUCCUCCUCCUCCUCCUCCUCCUCCUCCUCUUCCUCCUCCUCCUCCUCCUCCUCUUCCUCCACCUCCUCCUCCUCCUCUUCCUCCACCUCCUCCUCCUCCUCUUCCUCCACCUCCUCCUCCUCCUCUUCCUCCUCCUCCUCCUCCUCCUCCACCUCCUCCUCUUCCUCCACCUCCUCCUCCUCCUCUUCCUCCUCCUCCUCCUCCUCCUCCACCUCCUCCUCUUCCUCCACCUCCUCCUCCUCCUCUUCCUCCACCUCCUCCUCCUCCUCUUCCUCCACCUCCUCCUCCUCCUCUUCCUCCUCCUCCUCCUCCUCCUCCACCUCCUCCUCUUCCUCCACCUCCUCCUCCUCCUCUUCCUCCUCCUCCUCCUCCUCCUCCACCUCCUCCUCUUCCUCCACCUCCUCCUCCUCCUCUUCCUCCACCUCCUCCUCCUCCUCUUCCUCCACCUCCUCCUCCUCCUCUUCCUCCUCCUCCUCCUCCUCCUCCACCUCCUCCUCUUCCUCCACCUCCUCCUCCUCCUCUUCCUCCUCCUCCUCCUCCUCCUCCACCUCCUCCUCUUCUUCGUCCUCCUCCUCCUCCUCUUCCUCCACCUCCUCCUCCUCCUCUUCCUCCUCCUCCUCCUCCUCCUCCACCUCCUCCUCUUCCUCCUCCUCCUCCUCCUCCUCUUCCUCCACCUCCUCCUCCUCCUCUUCCUCCUCCUCCUCCUCCUCCUCCUCUUCCUCCUCCUCUUCCUCCUCCUCCUCCUCCUCCUCUUCCUCCUCCUCCUCCUCCUCCUCUUCCUCCACCUCUUCCUCCUCCUCUUCCUCCACCUCCUCCUCCUCCUCCUCCUCCUCCUCCUCCUCCUCCUCCUCCUCCUCCUCCUCUUCUUCCUCCACCUCCUCCUCCUCUUCUUCCUCCACCUCCUCCUCCUCUUCUUCCUCCACCUCCUCCUCCUCUUCCACCUCCUCCUCCUCCUCCUCUUCUUCCUCCUCUUCCUCCUCCUCCUCUCCCUCCUCCUCCUCCUCUUCCUCCUCCACCUCCUCCACCUCCUCCUCUUCCUCCUCCUCUUCCUCCUCCUCCUCUCCCUCCUCCUCCUCCUCUUCCUCCUCCUCCACCACCUCCUCUUCCUCCUCCUCCUCCUCCUCCUCCACCUCCUCCUCUUCCUCCCCCUCCUCCUCCUCCUCUUCCUCCUCCUCCUCUUCCUCCUCCUCCU